AUGAGUACUAAAGAUAUCGAAAAGGACCAGAGUAAAUCUGAGGUUGAGACAUCUGUAUCGCCUGUUCAAGAGUAUGCUGCUUCGCAGACAACUGAAGAGAAGCCAGGUUACUGGUCAAGAUUCAAAAAUUCUUUCAAACCUUACGAGGUUGAAGAAGUGGACGAAAGCCUUUCCACUGUUGAAAAGGCCAAUAUUAGAGCUGCGAGAGCUCCUUUGCACAGGAAUUUGAAGAAUAGACAUUUGCAGAUGAUUGCCAUUGGUGGUAGUAUUGGUACCGGUUUGUUUGUUGGUUCGGGUAGUGCCUUGGGUAGUGGUGGCCCAGCUGCCUUAUUGAUUGGCUGGAUGCUCACAGGUCUUAUGAUGUAUUGUACCGUUCAAGCCAUGGGUGAAUUGGCUGUUACAUUCCCUGUUUCGGGUUCUUUCGUUCAGUACAAUACCAGAUUCAUUUCUCCAGUUUGGGGUUUCUGUAUGGCUUGGAAUUAUGCCAUGCAAUGGUUAGUUGUCUUGCCAUUGGAAUUGGUUGCUGCUUCUUUGACUAUCAAAUAUUGGAAUGAUAAUAUUUCUCCUGCAGCUUGGGUUACCAUCUUCUACGUUGUUAUCGCUAGUAUCAACUUCUUUGGUGUCAGAGGAUAUGGUGAGGCUGAGUUUGUCUUCUCCAUAAUCAAGGUUAUUGCCGUCAUUGGUUUCAUCUUCUUGGGUAUCAUUUUGACCUGCGGUGGUGGACCGGACGGUCACUACAUUGGUGGUAGUAACUGGCAAAAUCCAGGAGCUUUUGCCAAUGGUUUCAAGGGUGUUUGUUCUGUGUUCGUCACUGCCGCUUUCUCGUUUGCCGGAACAGAAUUAUGUGGUUUGGCUGCCGCCGAGACUGCCAACCCAAGAAAAUCGCUUCCAAAGGCUACAAAGCAAGUUUUCUGGAGAAUUACCUUGUUCUACAUUAUUUGUUUGACAUUGAUUGGUCUUUUGGUUCCUUAUAAUGACCCUUCCUUGUUAAAUGCUACUUCUUCCGUCGAUGCUCAGGCUUCUCCAUUCGUUAUUGCUAUUGUUGAUCACGGUAUCAAGGGUCUUCCGUCUGUGAUGAAUGCAGUCAUUAUGAUUGCUGUCCUUUCUGUUGGUAACUCUUCUGUUUUUGGUUGUUCUAGAACUUUGGCCUCCUUGGCUGAAAUGGGUAUGGCACCAAAAUUAUUCGGUUACAUUGACAGAAUGGGUAGACCUUUGGUUGGUAUUAUAAUUUCUUUAUUGGUCGGUUUGCUAUGUUACUUGUCUGCAUCUCCAAAGGAAGGUGAUGUCUUCAAUUGGUUGUUGGCAUUGUCUGGUUUGUCUUCGGUGUUUACUUGGGGAUCUAUCUGUGCUUGCCAUAUUAGAUUCAGACAGGCUUUGAAAUCGAAAGGAAGAGAUACCGGUGAGUUGGUGUAUACUUCUCAGUGUGGUGUUAUUGGUUCUUAUUGGGGUGUUACCUUGAAUGUUUUGAUUUUGAUUGCCCAAUUCUACGUUGCUUUGUUCCCAAUCGGUGGCUCUCCAAAUGCCGAAUCUUUCUUCGAGGCAUACUUGACCGCACCUGUUUUGAUUGCAUUCUACAUCUUCUACGUUGUCUGGAAGAGAGACCUUACAUGGUAUAUUCCACUCAGUGAUAUCGAUCUUGAUACUGGUAGAAGAGAGAUGGAUUUAGAGCUUGUUAAGCAGGAGAUUGCAGAGGAGAAGGCUUACAUCAGAAGUAAGCCAUUCUACUUCCGUAUGUACAAGUUUUGGUGUUGA